GUCAAAGUCAGAAUCAUUUGUAGGUUGUAAUUUUGUUAUUAUUAAUUGUCCGUUUUUACUUUCGUUGUUGCCAAAUAUAACUACUGAACUUUGAUUAGAAAUGCGUUUACUUACAUUUAGUUUUCUUAAAAACUGUAAAUGGAAGGCGUGGAUGCAGAAUCCAAGGAAGAUCAGCAGUGGUACAGUCCGUUCAACAGUUGAGGAGAAAAUCACUGGAGACCCCAAUUUAAUAUAUAUACAUCCAUCGUGGAAGGCUGAUGAGGAACAGCAUCUACGUACAGCAAUCAUGACUGAUAUGCAGGUGCUGCCAGAUUUUGUCACCGAAGCAGAGGAGACAUCUCUGUUGGCCGAACUGGAGAAUAUAAAAAAAUACCGUUUCGAUAUGUGUGAGUGGUGUACGCAGGCAAUCCAAGGGUUCCGUGAGACAGAGCGCAGCACGUGGAGCGAAGAGAACGCCCUGGUGAUGUCACGUGUGCGCGGCGCCGCGUUCUCGAGUGCACGUGCGGGCGAGGCGCUGCCGCACGUGCACGUGCUCGACCUCGCCGCCGCCGGACACAUCCGGCCCCACGUGGACGCACUCAGGUUCUGCGGCGAGGUGAUUGCAGGCAUCAGCCUGCUGUCGACGGCAGUGAUGCGCCUGGAACACGCACAGAGACCGCAGCUGCGGCUCGACGCACUCCUCCCGCAGAGAUCACUCUAUAUUAUGAGGGGCGUGGCGCGGUACGAGUUCACGCACGCGGUGUGCGGCGGCGCGGGAGCCCCGAGCACGUGGCGCGGGGCUCCGGUCCCGCGCCGGCGCCGCCUCGCGCUCAUCUCGCGCAGUCGGCCGCCGCCGACCGCAUGCUGACGCACGCCACUACAAACAGACAAGAGAGAAGAUUAUAGUAUAUUAUAUGAUAGUAUUAUUGACGAAUUUAAUUUCCCAUUAUUGUACUUUCCUAUUUUAUAUAACUUUGAAUAAUGUAAAUAUUUAGUACUAAAAACAAUGUGAUACAAUGUUAUGUGCCCUCAAUGUACAAACAUAAUAUAGAAGUGUGAAAUUAUUUAUUAUGUAUAAGGUAAAUAAAAUAUUUGAAGUUUA